AUGGAAGGAAGGAUUCAGGAAGCUCUGCAAUACAUUGGGGAAUAUCCCCAUGCCAAAAUUGCCACAGUUGCGCGAGAGUUUGGCGUUCCACGUGGGCGACUGCGUUACCGCCUCGAGGGUCGUACCGCACUCUCCGAUCGCCCACCAACUCACGCAAAGCUUACUGUCCCUGAAGAGAAGGCAUUAUGUCGCUAUAUUGAUCGUCUUGAUCGUAUCAAUCUUGCAGUGCGUACUGAGUUUGUUACUGAUGCGGCAAAUACAAUCUUGAAAGAGCGGUCUGGAGCGGGGGAAUCUCUGACAGUUGGGAAGAAGUGGACUGCACGCUUUCUGAAACGUCACAAGUAUAGUAAAAGGCUUCAAAAGAAGAUGCAUUCGGAUCGCCAGGCUUCUGAAGACCUAGAAAGGGUCAAUGCCUAUUUCCAACGACUCUCUACUAUCCUGAUUGAAGAGGGGAUUCCCCCGGAAGACAUCUGGAAUAUGGAUGAGACUGGAUUCCGUAUUGGGGUUGGAAAGGACCAAGUCAUUGUCACAAGACGGAAGAGGGCUCAUUAUUUCGGGUUACCUGAGAACAGAGAGUCUGCCACUGCGAUUGAGAGUAUCUCUGCGGGAGGGCGUGUGCUCCCAGCCUUUCUCAUUCUUUCGGGGCAGAUGCACAUGGCCAAGUGGUAUGGCGUGCCUGGUCUUGAUGAAAAUGCUGCCAUCAGGCCAACUCCUAGUGGCUAUUCAAACGAUGAGAUAAGUCUUGAGUGGCUUGAGCACUUCAAUAAGUGGUCAGCACAGAGCUGCCUUGGAAAGAAGCGCCUCCUUAUCUUGGAUGGUCACGGCUCCCACCAUACGAAGCAGUUUAUCCAGUACUGUGAUGAUCAUGAUAUCAUCCCCUUUGGUAUGCCCCCAAACCUUACUCAUAUCCUCCAACCUCUUGACGUCGCAGUCUUUCAACCACUGAAGCACUACCACGCAAAAGCACUGGAUAUCAUGGUUCGAGAUGGACUUGUCCAUAUUGGAAAGCUUGAGUUCCUGUCUUGCAUAGGCAAUGUGCGAGAUCAGGCAUUUAAAGAGAGUACAAUACGCUCGGCAUUUAAGAAAACUGGGAUCCAUCCCUUCAAUCCACAGGCAGUCCUCGAAAUCUUAGCCGCUCGGCAGCCCGAGGGUACCCCAUCUCCCCCCUUCAGUGGAUUACAGUCCUCACCAUUUAGCACUCCAGUAACACUUCGUCAAAUGAACAAGGUGGCUGAUAAGGUCACGAGAGUAAUCAGGGAAGAUGAGAAUCUUGACCCUGAUCUUCGCUACGAAAUGAGUCGCUUUAUCAGAGGAUCGCUGUCUUUAGCCACGGAGCUUAUACAAACCAAGAGGGAUCUAGGGAGAACCAAAAUGGCUGAGCAUCUCGCGCAACAACGUAAGGCUUUGAAGAAUAGUCCAUUGCAGCCAGGAGGGGUGUUAAAAGUGGCCCAGGGUCGUGAGAUGGUGAGGCAGAGAGCGGAAGACCAACUGGCUAAGGCGAGGAGGAUGGUCGAGGCGGCAGAGUUGAAGGCGCUCAACGCCCGCAAACGUGUAUUUGAAGAAGCGGCAAAAGAAGCCCGUAAAUGGAGGGCCUCCGAAAGACUGGACAGAGCAGAAGUAGUGGACUCUGAAGGUGGUAGGCGGCUGUUGAAGCGAUUCUAG